AUGAUCUCCACCCGCCUUGCGCGCAUCGGGGCGCUGGCCCCGAAGUCCCGUCUGCUCCUCGGGACUCGGGCCUUCGCUACCGUGGGCGAUUCCCCCCUCGACAAGAAGGUCGAGAUGACCAAUGCCGAGAAGGGUAACUACAUUAACUACAAGAAGAUGUCCGAGAACCUCGACAUCGUCCGUGCGCGUCUGCAGCGGCCUCUCACCUACGCCGAGAAGGUCCUGUAUUCCCACUUGGACGACCCCCACGGCCAGGACAUCGAGCGUGGCGCUUCCUACCUGAAGCUGCGCCCGGACCGCGUGGCUUGCCAGGAUGCCACUGCCCAGAUGGCUAUUCUGCAGUUCAUGUCCGCUGGCAUGCCCUCGGUCCAGACCCCCACCACCGUCCACUGCGACCACUUGAUUGAGGCCCAGAUUGGUGGUGACAAGGAUCUUGCCCGUGCCAACGAAAUCAACAAGGAGGUCUACGACUUCCUGGCCUCCGCCACUGCCAAAUACAACAUUGGUUUCUGGAAGCCCGGCUCCGGUAUCAUUCACCAGAUCGUCCUGGAGAACUACGCUUUCCCCGGUGGUCUGAUGAUCGGUACUGACUCGCACACUCCCAACGCUGGUGGUCUCGCCAUGGCUGCCAUUGGUGUCGGUGGUGCUGAUGCCGUGGAUGUCAUGGCUGGUCUCCCCUGGGAGUUGAAGGCCCCCAACGUCAUUGGUGUCCGCCUGACUGGCGAGAUGUCUGGCUGGACCACGCCCAAGGAUAUCAUCCUGAAGGUUGCCGGUCUCCUGACCGUCAAGGGUGGCACUGGUGCCAUCAUUGAGUACCACGGCCCUGGUGUCGAGUCGCUGUCCUGCACUGGUAUGGGUACCAUUUGCAACAUGGGUGCCGAGAUCGGUGCUACCACCUCCAUGUUCCCCUUCAACGACCGCAUGUACGACUACCUGAAGGCCACCAAGCGUCAGCACAUUGGUGACUUCUCGCGCGAGUACGCUGCCCAGCUCCGUGAGGACGAGGGUGCCCAGUACGACCAGCUCAUCGAAAUCAACCUGUCGGAGCUCGAGCCCCACAUCAACGGUCCCUUCACCCCCGAUCUGGCCACCCCCAUCUCCAAGUUCAAGGAGGCUGUUGAGACCAACAAGUGGCCCGAGGAGCUCAAGGUCGGUCUGAUCGGUUCGUGCACCAACUCCUCGUACGAGGACAUGUCCCGCGCCGCCUCGAUCGCCCGUGAUGCCCUCGACCACGGCCUCAAGUCCAAGUCUCUGUUCACCGUCACCCCUGGUUCCGAGCAGAUUCGCGCCACCAUUGAGCGUGACGGUCAGCUCCAGACCCUCGAGGAGUACGGUGGUGUCAUCCUGGCCAACGCCUGCGGUCCUUGCAUUGGUCAGUGGGACCGCAAGGAUGUGAAGAAGGGCGAGGCCAACUCCAUCAUUUCCUCCUACAACCGUAACUUCACUGGCCGCAACGACGCCAACCCUGCCACCCACGCCUUCGUUGCCUCCCCUGACCUGGUCGUCGCCAUGACCGUGGCUGGAACCCUCAAGUUCAACCCCCUGACCGACACCCUCAAGGACAAGGACGGCAAGGACUUCAAGCUCAAGGCCCCCAGUGGUGAUGGUCUCCCUGACCGUGGCUACGACCCCGGCCGUGACACCUACCAGGCUCCUCCCGCGGACCGCGCGUCCGUCAGUGUCGCUGUUUCCCCCACCUCGGACCGUCUGCAGGUCCUGGAGGGCUUCCCCGCCUGGAACGGCCAGGAUGCCAAGGACAUCCCCAUCCUGAUCAAGUGCCAGGGCAAGACCACCACCGACCACAUCUCCAUGGCUGGCCCGUGGUUGAAGUACCGUGGCCACCUGGACAACAUCUCCAACAACAUGCUGAUCGGUGCCAUCAACGCUGAGAACGGCGAGGCCAACAAGGUCAAGAACGCCUUCACUGGUGAAUACGACGCCGUGCCCGCCACUGCCCGUGACUACAAGGCUCGUGGCGUCCAGUGGGUUGUCAUCGGUGACUGGAACUACGGUGAGGGUUCGUCGCGUGAGCACGCUGCCCUGGAGCCCCGCCACCUGGGCGGUCUCGCCGUCAUCACCCGUUCGUUCGCCCGUAUCCACGAGACCAACCUGAAGAAGCAGGGUAUGCUGCCCCUGACCUUCUCCAACCCGGCCGACUACGACAAGAUCAACCCCGAGGACAAGGUCGACCUCCUGUGCACCCAGCUGGAGGUUGGCAAGCCCGUGACUCUGCGUGUCCACCCCAAGGACGGCAGCAAGACCUUCGACGUCCCUCUCAGCCACACCUUCAACGAGUCGCAGAUCGAGUGGUUCCGCGACGGUUCCGCCCUGAACACCAUGGCUCGCAAUGCGGCCAAAUAA